AUGUCUUCUCAGGGCAAUGGCGUGAUAAUGGUCGCUGACGAUGGACCCAGUCAACGACCACCCAAGUCGUUGGCAAAAGCAUGUCUGGCCUGUCGGACCAAGAAGAUCCGUUGUGACGCUGUAAAGCCCGAGUGCGGAAAUUGUGCCAGUCAGAAACGUGAAUGUAUCUAUCGGAAAGAAACUCCACGAAAAAGACCUACGUUUUCUCAAAUUGCAAAAUUGCAACGGGACCUGGCAGCUCUCAAAGUGUUCCUGUUGACUCUGAAGAGAAGUAGCCCGGAGGAGCGGGAGAAAUUACUCGACGCAGCCGUUGAUGAAGAUGGGGCUGUCAACUUGCUAGACUCUACUGAGCCUGGCCCUCCGGAAGAGGCUUCAUCACGAAAAAACACAAGUCAGCCCAUUGAUAGAAGUGCUACUACACCAAUAGUAUCGUCAGAUGAUGAGUUAAAUAUUGCCAACUUCAUAUCUGUUGAUGAUGCUGGCACGACAAACAGCUUCGGUCCAUCGUCUGCUCUUCACAACCCGGCAAGGAACGAUAGGGGAACACCAUCAUCCCGUCAAUCCACAACAACAACAGAGCACGUCAAGAACGAAUUAAUAGCCAAUGCCGCUUUGCAACGUCAUCUAGAGCACAGACUUACCAGACUUACAACAAUUGCUGGAGAGCCAACAGAACUUGCACUCCAUCUUCUAAACUUGCACUGGGCUCGUCAGCAUCAUACUUUUCUGCUGACGUAUCGGCCGGCUGUCAUGCGAGACUUGGAAUGUUCUGGCCCAUAUUGCUCUGCUUUCAUGCUCAAUGCCAUAUUCGCAUGCUGCAGCAAGUUCUCCCCGCGACUUGACGUCAGGGACGAUCCAGAUGAUGCGUCCAGCGUUGGCCGUCGUUUCUUCAAGCGCUGUGAUGAGCUUCUCAGCAGUGAGUAUCUUCUCAUCAGACCACAUAUAUCCACAAUUGUUGGACUUGUCCUUUUAGGCUCGACAUAUAAUGCCCGUGGAGAGACGUCAAAAGGCUGGCUAUAUACAGGGUACGCUCUACGAAUGGUUUACGAUCUUGGUCUUCAUCUCGAUCCGAAGCAGACUACAGAAGACCCUGAAGAGAUUGAGAUCCGACGACGGGUCUUCUGGGGCGCUUUUGUCUGCGAUAAGCUCCAGAGUCUGUAUAUGGGUCGUCCAGUGGCUAUCAGUCUGCGUGACUCACAGGUAUCUCGUGAGUGCCUUGACUUGUACGAGGAGAUGGAGCCAUUUUAUCCUUCAGCCUUGGCUACAGGUUCGUCAUCUAGACUUGAUGAAAACAUGGGCGAUGCAAUUCCGAGACAUUCCGUUUCGACUUUUCAGCAACUAUGUCUCCUGUCCAAGAUAAUGACGACUAUCAUCAAUCGCUUUUAUGUGGUCGGAGCCACGUUCUCAAAUGCUCAAGCCGAUCUUCAAAAGAUUGAGCAGGCCUUGCACCAGUGGCGAGAUAAGCUACCACCGGAGCUAGAUUUCCAACCAUGGUUGUCGUCGAGCACUGCGAUUCAAACACCCAAUAUCAUGGUUCUUCAUAACGUCUAUCACUCUCUCAUCAUUCUCGUUCAUCGACCAUUCAUCUCAGAUGAUCAUCUCCGAUCCACUGCCACGUCGCGACGGUCAUGGGAGCAAUGCACUGUAGCAGCAAGAUCCAUCACCAGUAUAGCCUCAUUCUACAAGUCAACCUACGGGCUGAGUGGCGCUCCUUAUGUUCUCGCAUACUCGGUGUAUGUGGCUUGUACAAUACAUGUCCGCAAUGCAGCUUCACAGACCCAGACACGUGAUCAUUUAUUGAUGCUCAAAUCCAGUUUGGAAUGCCUGGAUGAACUGUGCACGGCAAAUCCUGGUGUUGCCAAACCAGCAAACAGUAUCAGGCGCUUAAUUGAGGCUAACCACUUGAACUUGAUUACCGAAGAAUCGCACUCUCUUAGGCAAAAUCAUAUGUCGUUUGACUUGGACGUCAUUCAGAGCACGUUUUUAGUUAAUGAAUUAUCCCAUACGGGAUCCGAAAUGUUCCGCAUGGCCGAUUUUGAGUAUGGUCUGCCGAUCGACCCUUUGUUUGGGUGGAUAAAUGUCUCAACCCCAUUGCUGGAAGAAGAGACGCCGACCUUUUGA